AUGGCACAUUUGUCAUGUGGCCUCAUGGUACUGGCAAGCUGUCGGGGGUUCCUUGACCACCUGAACAGUGUUCACGAGAGUAUCCAGUUCACCAUGGAGACAGAAAAGGACAGCCAUCUCCCAUUCCUCGACAUAGACAUCCACCGUAAACCUGAUGGCUCACUAGGCCACAAGGUUUACCGAAAACCGACCCACACCGACCUAUACCUCAAUUCUGAUUCCCAUCACCACCCUUCCAACAAACAGGCCCUACUUUCCACCCUGGUGCACAGGGCUAGGGCCCUUUGUGACCAGGAAGGCCUGCUGGGUGAACUGGAGAUACUCAGAACCACUUUCAAGCAAAACAGUUACAACAACCGACAGGUCCAGUGA